CCUUUAGAAUUUUCGGCGGCCAACAGUCUGCUGAAUUUUCAACAUCUGCAUUCGAUACUAUCUUGGUGUUGUGGUUAUACUUACCGUCUGACGAGUGCUUGGUAGCAAUAGCUCAAAUCAGGAACUUUUGAUUCCUGUAUUUAACUGGUGCGAGUCGUGCGACUAAUUAGUAAUUACCUAGCAAGACUUGGGGUUAGGAGGGUUCUAAACUUCUAGGCUUACCCGAUGUCUCAGACUGCAUCAUCCCCGUCAGAGAGCCGCGCCCAACGUCGGGGCACGCUUUGCAGUGUUCAGGAGCGCUUGGAGCGGAUGUUAGAAAGUGGGGAUUCGGCCGAUGUGCAGUUCUCCGUAGGGCGACAUUACGGGCCAGCCAAGAUCUUCCGAGGACAUAAGUGCGUGUUAAGCAGCGGCAGCGAUGUCUUCUACACCAUGUUCAACGGCAGCCUGCCGGAGAAAUGCGACGGUCCUGUCGACAUUCCGGACAUUCUUCCUGAAGCCUUUGAUAAUAUGUUAAGAUACAUUUAUGCCGAUGAAGUUAACGUAACAGCGAAAGAUGCAUACCCUACGUUGAAGUGCGCUGAUAAAUACGACUUGCCAGAGUUGGCUGACAGCUCCCUGAUCUGUAUCAUUGAUGAUCUCGGUGCAGAGAAUCGCGAUGCUAACCAUUACCUACAGCAUCUGGAAAACGCGCUGACGUGGGCUGUGGGUAUCGAAGGUGUCGUCGAAAAUUGUUUGCACUUUGUGGAUGUACACUGUGCGGAGAUCUUCCAGUCGGAACGCUUCACUGAACUACAACCCAAGACACUGCAGAUGAUACUGGAGCGCGACACUCUGUUUGUCGAGGAGAAUAGCGUUUACAUGGCCGUGAAUAGAUGGGUUUCGGCUUUCUGUACUCGGAGCAAUUUGGAACCUACACCGAAAAACCGGCGCCUGGUUCUAGGAGACAUGUUUUUCCUUAUCAGAUUCCCGUUGAUGACUGAUACUCAGCUCGCUGAUGGUCCCCUGAAUGAUCUGCUGUUGCUACCACAAGAUUUAACGGAGAUCUACUUCUACAAGCACGCCACGACAAAACGCCCGCUAAGCUUUCCCACGCAGCUCCGUCGGCCACCCGCCAUCCAUGCCGGAGAUGCGGAGUUCAGACACAAAGAGGAAAUAUUCGUAGAAGAUUCAUUUUCUUCCAGCUGGCAUCCUGCUCUAGUUAUCGGAGCGCACGGGUCUAAAAUUAUGUGUGAGUCUUUGAAGUAUGCUGAAAGAUGCGUCGAGAAACAGGAGCUGGCAAAAAUAAUUCGCGCAUCAACCUUUUUGGUGGCCGAUCAGGACAUUCUUUAUCGGUCUCGUAUCGGGUAUGUUCAUAAGACGAAUGCACAGUAUACCAGAUUAGAAGAGGGCUCCCACAUGAUCACGAUCAACGGCGAAGAACAACAGGCUGAAUUCUGUCAGAUGUCCUUGGAGCAUUUUCACGUGGACGCGUGGAGACAAGCCAAACGUGCCUCCACUAGGAAACGUCCCCUGGAUGCCGCUGACCGGGCUUGAAUUGUUUUGCGUUGCCACCUGUGCAUAAUGAGUGUCAUUUACUAUUAUUUUAAUGCAAAAAGAAAAACCGUUGUUUUGUUGUGUUAAGUGCUCACCAAACAAGAUGUGUUUACAUUACUGAAAAUUGU